CAAAUGUUGCCUUUCUGUUGGUGUGCAAGGACGUAACGCGGCGUAACGUUUAACAGUUCUUUGUAUGGUGCGUGUGUGUUUAACUUAUACCAACUGCCCGUGCGUGUGUGGGUGUUAUUUAUUGAAUGCCCUAUGCGGCUACAAUAACUAAUGCAUUAAAAUGAGAAAAGCGUCAAGUUAGCUAAAUAACAAACAACAAAAACAAAAACAUUACCAAAAAAUCGCAAAUACCGGUUCAAAUCAUCAUUGUAUUUGCCGCCUGCAAUGCGGCAAAAUUUUGCCGCUUAUAAAACAUAUCAUAACGGAUUAUCAAUACAUACGCGACUAAAAUAAAACUAUAUCGCAUUAAAAAAUUAAAAAGGUUGACUAUCUAUUAUAAAAUCGAUUAUAUCGUAUGGCGAGUCGUACUACAAAUAAUUGACUACGAGCAGCGAAAGCAUAUCAAACAAGUGCUCCAAUUCAUCAGCAGUGCUAACAAAAUAACUAAUCAACACACGUAUAUAGAGAGAAUCAAUUGAUAUUCAGUGCUAAAUAUGCGACAGCAAUCAACAAAUGCUGGACGCACAAAAUGAGGCAUAUCAGCGAGCAAAUAAUAUCGCCAGCAACAAUACCAAGGGCAAUAAUAACAAAGCACACAACAAUGGGAACAACAAUGAGCAUCACUUAAGCAAAUAGAAAAUCAACGCGCAAAAUCAACACGAAAUCAAUACAAAUAGCUGUGAAAUUUACUGUCAACAUUUGUUGCCAUAGCACAAGCGCGGAGACAAAGAUAUAGAAAAAGUAAUAGAGGCAAAGAGAGAGAGGGAGAGAGAGAGAGAGAAAGAGAGUGAGACAGAGAAAACAAAAGCGUGAGAAUCGACAAACAAAGAGACUAGACAAAGCAAACUCCAUUUCAAAUGGGCGGCAAGCAUGGAGCCAGCGGUAGUUCCGGCGGAGGAGGUGGCGGUGGCGGUGGUGGGGGCGGUGGUAGCGGAGGUCCCGGAGGCGGUGGCAGCCUCAACUCGAGCAUAUGCAACUCGGUGCUGACAAAUGCAACCGCAGCUAGCAAUAGUCUAAGCCAGCAACAGCAGCAGCUUCAGGCCAAAUACAUCAAGUCGAAGCGCCAUCAGAGUCGAUAUACGAAUCUGCAGCAUUCUGGUCACGACUCCAGCAGCUAUUUGCAUCUGAACUCGCUCUGGUCGAUAUGGUAUGGUGUACUACUAACACUCUUUCAAGGCUAUUUGGCCAUGCAUGGCGCCUAUAGGUUCCUUGGUUGUUCGCUAAUACCCUGGAAGAUCGAGCCCGUUGGGGAGCUAAAUCUGCAAAUUGUACUCUCCGGCGUAGUAUUUAUUUUGCUGCCCGUAUUCUUUACAUCGGCCGUAUUUAAGGUAGGCAACUUGGCUAACGAUGGAAUCAAAUUGGCGACUGGCGCCAAAGAGCGUCGAUGCACGCUGGCACCGCACGAUGGACUCGAGGAGGAGGCACGCGGUGGCACCUUGCGCGCCCUUUGGACCCACGGAGGACCCACGGCAGCCUUUGUGCACAUCCUCAUUGCGUUGUGUCUGCUGCUGCCACGACUACUACUCGAGGCGCGCAUCAUCGAGAAUGGACUCUUGCCAAAAGAACAAGUUUGGGCAACCGAAUUGGACUUUGUUGUUAUCAAUAGACGCAACUUGAUGGCCAUGUCGGUGGUGGGGCCGACACCGCCCUAUCGAAAACAGCAGCAGCAGCAGCAGCGGCAGCCGAACGUAACUGCGAACAGUUUGGAGCACGAUGAGGAGGACUACUACAACGAUACGAUGUUCACGGCAGUGCGAGGCGGCAUAGGAGGCAUCAAUAAUAAUUUGCUCGAGCUGACACGUGAUAAGGAUGGACGUAAUGGCAGAAAGGCGGCCAAGACGACGGCAACAACAACAAAGACAUCAAUACGAGGUGGCGGAGCUGCGGGCAAGACAAGAUACUUUGAAGUACCCGAUUUAAUUAAUCGAAAUAUUGAUGAGGGCAAUGAGCGACUGGGGGACAACGAUGAUGACGAUGAUCAUGAUGACGAUGCUGACGGCGAUGAUGCUGAUGUAGAUGUUGAUGCUGAUGAUACUGACGAUAGUGAUGGCGUUGAUGUGGGCGGAGAAGGCGGCACGAUUAUCAUGCCAGAUUUCGGAUCUAGCAAUGAGAAGCAUGCGGGAGCGGACAAUUGGCAAAGGCUGGGCACACUGGAUAAGGCACGCAGCAAGCCCACAACAGCAACAACUAGCACUAAGCCGACAACGACAACAACAGCAGCUACAACAACAACUGCAAAAACAACGACAACCACAACAACAACAACAACAACAACCACCACAACAAAAGCACCAACAACAACAGCCGCAACUGAAAUUACAACAAGGCAACAGCAGCCGCCGCACCAACAACACCAGCAGAAGCACAGUCGCAAACACCACAAACAACACCACAAGCAGCGCCAACAACAACCACGUCGCCAUCAUGUGACUUCGCAUGAGCAGGCGCUGCAGGAGAGCUACGUCAAAGAGGAGGAGGAGGAGACUACAACGCGGGACAGCAGCAUUCAUCGUGUGCGCACCGACGUGCUGCCAGAUUUAAUAAUACCCUCGACGCCGAUUUCCACCAAUUCCAAGAUUAUAGCCAUCAAGCCCAAGACGCAAAAGCGACGCAUUGCUAAGCGAGCAGCGCCCAAGUCGGGCGUGGAAAUCGAGCCGGAAUAUUUGCUGGGGGAUGGUGCCAUCAACUCCAGUGAGUUUAUAGCCAAGUCAAGCGAACAGCAACAGCAGCAGCAGCAGCUAGAUGACGAGUUGGAUCUUGAUCUGGAUGAUGCGGACUUCCAAGCGCUGCCAGCCGUUACGCCAGCAACAGUUGCUGCCGGCAACAGCAAUAACAACAACAACAACAAUGAGUUUGUCCGUCUCGACGGCUUUGCGGGCAUGCUGCAGCUAUUCUUUGGCAUUGAUAAGCCCAUCGAUGUGGCAAUCUUUGCCCAGCCACCCAGUGCGGAGUUCGUCAACCUGCUCUGCGCACUGCUCGUCUGGUCUGUGCGUUAUCCGGCCGUUUUCUGGAACACAUCCAAAUCGUUUGCCUGCGUCUUUAGCCUGCAGAUGAUUGUCGCCGCACUGGACGUCAUACUUGGCUACGUAGGCGUCUCCAAUCUCUAUAAGCUUCAGAUCUAUGCGGAAGCUAUGCCGGUGCACCAACCAGGACUUAUACUGAAUGCCACCGUGACCCUAGCACUCUAUCUGCUAGCCACAGCGCUCGUGCUGGCCUCCUCGAUGGUCAUGUACUUGUAUGGACAUGGCCGGUUGGCCACACGCAUGAGAGAUCGUUCCAUCAUCACGCUGAAGACGAGCCAAACGUGGAUCUACUUUGCUCAUUGUGCGUCCUUGUGCUUUGUGCUGGCUCUGGCUGUGGUCAAAGCCCCACUGCUAAAUGAUCUCAGCGCCACCUACAAAAACAAUUUGCAUUGUCCAACCUUUUUGGCAGCUUUGGUGGGAGUAACACAUUUGCUGCUGUGGAUUGUCGUCUGGCUCUGUUUGACUAUUAAGAGACGUUGGCACUUUAAGCUGCCACCAUUGGAUCAUACGUAUGGCGGUCUGUUGAACAAGGCCAGCGCUCAGCCUCUGCUCAUGUCCAGCGGUCAACGAACGGGCAGCAAUUCGAGCAGCGGCGGCAACUCAACGAGCACCACGGUCAAUGGCAUGGACAGCUCCCUAUCCAAGCCGGACAUGAUGAGCACGGCCACAAGCACGGAACUGGGCGUGGGCAUGAGCAUGGGCCUGGUGGCACAGGAGGAUAUCUAUUGGCCAAAGCUGACGCCCAGCUCGCCGAAGCUGAAGGUCACCUUCAACGAAGUUACGAGUACGUCUGAUGAUGUCCUACUAAUUGGUGACCAAGAACAAACUGAUGGCAAGCGCCAUACGAGCCGUGGAACCUCGCUAUGUUUUGCCAGUUCUACGGGGGAAAUUGACGACGGCGAGUACGCGACAUUAAGGGCGGCCACCGCCGGCGCCGUUGUGGGCAUCACCAUGGGCAGCAUAAAGAGCAGUAUUGCAGUAAGCGUGGGCGGGGGCAGCAGCAGCAUCAUGAGCGGCCUGCUGCACCUAUGCGAAUACGACGAGCUGCCACCUCCGCCAUCCGUCAACCAGCAGCAACGCCCACACGCCCAUGACUACGCGAAUCUGAGCGGGCUGGGCGGCAUUAGUGAUGACAAUAUCUCCGAGGAGGGCAAGUUGUUGGCUUGCGUGCGUGACGACAGCAUUACGUAUGCUUCCACACGCGAUCUGGAGCCGCCGCAGCCAACAUCAGUGUCAGCAGCAGCAGUCACUGCAUCACCACCGCCGCCGCCACCAUUGCCCGCAAAAGGUGCGCCCAUGCCACAGCCGCCCAGCGUGCAGCAACCACGCCCACCCACUUACGGACGCGCCCCACAGGCCAUGCCCGAGAUCAUGCAAAUUUCACCCGAGCACAAGUCACAGCCACAACAGCAGCAACAACAGAUGCACCAACAGCAACAUCAUCCUCUGCAGCAACAUCCACAUCCGCAUCCACUACAGCAGCAGCAUCAUCUAGUCAACCCCCUGGCUCCGGUCACUGUCGCUGUGCACACCCACGAGGCUCAAAUCGCCUCCAGCUCCACAUCCCGCUGCCUGCGGCGCGCCGACUCUGGCGUGCCAAAUGAGGCGUUAACGCCUCGCAGCGACACCAACUCGAUCAGCGAAAGUACCAAUACAACCUCGCCGCCAGAGCGCGCUCCCUCCGAAUCCUCCAGCGGCGUGCACUCGGGGGAGGAACGUGAACUGGAAGUUAUCAUACGGCCACGUGUCAGCUGCAAGGCACCGCCACGCCCACCACAGCCACCCAUACAGGAGGAGCCGUAUGGCCGCUGUACCAACAUGCGCAUGUCCAGCUUCAACGCCGACCCAGCCAGCGUUAUUAAUAGCGCCACAUUACCUUUGCAGCGCAGCGCACCUGAGCAGAAGUUCGACUACACUGCCCAUUGCAGCACGAUGCCCCUGCCGGCCGGCUGUCACAGCCAACAGCUCACCAACGGCAGCAGCAGCGGCAGCAACAGCAACAGCAAUGGCGGCUAUGCCUCCACAUCGGCCAUGACCAGCUCUAUGGGUCCACCCUCGCAGGUGUCCACCUUUAAGACGCCCAGUAUGCACUAUGCCAAUGCAGCCGUCGCCCUCGGCUCCUCCGUUCCACACACAACGCUGCCCAAUGGCGUGCGUUACUCGAAUCCGCAUUUCCUACGCAGACUGCCGCACGUUAGCAAAGCGGCCGAGUCGCCGUAUGGACACCUUGGCUAUGGGGCGGCACAUCAUGCCUUCAGUAAGCUGCCACACGAGACGCAUCCGACCAUACACGAGGAUCGAGAUUCGGCCAACUACUCCAUGGCCUCGGACCAGGACUGCGGACUCUACGUAACGGCGCAGCUGCACUAAGCCGGGCAGCAUCUAAAAUAAAAAUCAGCUAUAGUAGCAGCUCUCUAGUAUCGUAUUAACACGCAUAGAAUCAAGCUUAAAGAUGUACUUUAAUCCUAAGUGUAUAGAUGCCUCAAAUCUUAAAUCUUCCACAAGCACUUCACAAGUUCAUGUGGCAUCAUCACAGCUCAGUCAUUGCCAUUAUUGAGCUCUGAUCACGCUCUGAUGAUGGCUUUUGACUUACUAGCAGAAGUAAACCUUAAAAAGUCCCAAGUUAUUCUAUGAUUUGCCUGAAUAACAAACAUCUACCGUGUAGCACAAAAACCACGCCCACUGUAACUGACGCCCCACGCAUAAGGUUACAAAGGAUAUC